AAAAAAAUACAUUUUGGAAAUUUGUAGUAUAAAUACAAUUUGUGUAUAAUGUUUUCGACGAAAAUAAAUCAUUUAAUACGAUGUGUUGCUAUACGCUCUAAGAUAUUGGCCAUUGGGACAAAACAUGUAAAUUUUCCAGCUCCAGCAGUGUGUACGGUAUCAUUUAAACAGCAGUCGAGAUUAAUUUCUACAACAAAUAGUUGUUACGCAAAAACCAAGGAUAGAAAGAAGGAGAAGGGUAGUAAAAAAGCCGCUAAAGUUGAAAUCAACGAAUCCCAAUUGCGAGAAAUUAUUAAUUAUGAUGCCUUAAAUACUCAAAUGCAAAAGGCAGUACAACAAAUGAAGGAUGACUUUAUCAAGCAUUUAUCGCUACGUUCAACAACUGGUGCUAUUGAUACCCUACGCGUUACAGUCGAUGGCACAGAGCAUGAAUUGCAAGAGCUGGCUCAAAUAUCACGUAAAAAUCCUAAAACUAUUAUUGUGAAUAUGAUUGGAUUUCCCCAGACAAUACCAGAUGUUUUGAAAGCUAUUGAAAAGAGUGGUAUGAAUUUAAAUCCACAACAGGAUGGCACUACACUAUUUAUACCCAUACCAAAAGUUACUAAGGAGCAUCGUGAAAAUCUCUCAAAAAAUGCCAAGACCUUGUUUAUUAAAUAUAGGGAUACUAUUAAAGACAUACAAAAUUCAAACAUUAAAAAGUUGAAAAAACAAUCGGAAAUCUCUAAGGAUGAUAUGUUUGCCGUUCAAAAUCAAAUAACUGCCAUAGCUGAUAAGUAUAUAGCCGAAGCCGAUAAAAUGUUGCAAGUUAAACAAAAGGAAUUAUUAGGCGACUCUUAAAAUCAUUGAUAAAACAUUAGAAAACAUAAAAAGACUGAACUAAUUAUGUUGAAAGAUAUUGGUAAAGUUUGUUGAAAUUAUUGAAAAUUAAAUAAAAUGUAAAAAUUAUAAUAA